GUUUGUUUAUACUUUCGAUCCCUUACUCCUUUAAUGCAUAUAUGGUAUGAGUGUGCACGUAGUACUGAUAUGAAAGAGUUAACGUAUCUUUUCGACUCCACAACAUGCAAUUUAUAUGCCAAAAAUGCCAUUCGCUGCUUAAAUUGAAAGAUAAUUAUGACGAUGAACUAGUGAAAUUGAAAUUAUUUCCAAAAAAUCCGGGUUUGUGGACGCCAUCUUUAACAGAAACGAAUGAAGAAAGUGAAAGCGAUGAUGAAACUGCUUCCUCAGUGGAGGAUUAUCCUGUGGAGCGGCUACAGUUGUAUCGAAAAGCGCUUAAAGAGGGAGAAUAUGAUUUUUCUCAAACGCCUCAAACAGAAUUGAAAACACCAACUCUUGACUCGUUUGUGGUUCUACCAGCGUCACAUGAUGGAUACAAUGAGAAUGAAGACGAACGGAAUCCUUCUACGGAAGUUAACGACUUGUUUAGCUGGAAAAUAGAGAACUACAAUCGAAUUUUUGACUUACUGUUUGCAAAAACAAAAGUGAAUCAUCCAUUGUGUGAAGAAUGUGCUGAAUUACUGGUAGAGGAAAUGACGAAAACACUGAACUCAACAAAAGCUGAAAAAAAUUUAUAUUCCUAUUACAGUAACAUGUUGGCUAAUCAAGAUUAUGAGGAUGAAGAUAUCUCCCGAUUGGAAGCCGAUGUUCAAGAGAUUUCUGGAACGAUCAAGGAAAAAGAACAACAAUUAAUUGAUUUGGAAUCCCAGGAACAAGAAUUGCAAAGUCAGUUUCGUGCCAUAACAAUUGAUUGCGAAAAGGUUGAUAUAGAAGAAGAUGAAUAUAAAAAGGCAUUUAAUCAACUUCAGAUGAAAGAAAGUGCUUUGGAAAAGCAGUAUGAUUGCGCAAAACUAGAAUUUGAACAUAAUUCGAAAAAAUUUGAAAAGCUCCAGAAAAUGAAUGUCUUUAGCGACAUUUUUUACAUAUCUCAUUACUCUGAGCCAAAUGGAGAAGGAUCUAUUGCUACCAUCAAUGGCUUGCGGUUGGGCAGGUUGCCUAGCCAAAAGGUAAGCUGGAGUGAAAUUAAUGCCGCAUGGGGGAUGACGGUUUUGCUCUUGGACGUACUAGCUGAAAGACUAGAUUUUCAUUCUCCUUUAUACCAGCUGAAACCCUUCGGUAGUCAGUCAUACGUUCUUCGUUUUGAUCAGGAUCCUAGCACUGGACAGACAAAGCCUGUAAGGUUAGAUUUAUUUUCUACUGGUGAACUCAAAAUAUUUAUGAACCGUCGUUUUGAUCAAGGAAUGGUAGCCUUCUUGGACUAUUUACACCAACUGGGCGACUUUUGUGCUGCCAAUACACCUUCUGCCAUCUUACCUUAUCCUAUAGAAAACGAUCGUAUUGGAAGCAAGUGUAUUCGACUUGCCUUCAAUCAGGACGAAAAUUGGACUCGGGCUUUAAAAUUUGUUUUGACGAAUAUCAAAUUUUUAGAAGCCUAUGUUUCUUCACAGGAAAAGCAUACCAACUUUUAAAUCGAGUUAUUUUCCCUCAUAGUUCCCAUUACCAUGGCUCCCGUUAAUCUUAAUGAAUUAGCUUUAAAGAUACUCAUCCCAAAUCAAGGAAUUCAAUAAUGACCUUUUUAUCACUAAAUGAUUUAUUUUUUUUAUAUUAAAUUAAUGAUUCCUUUUUUAUUUAUUUUUGAAUAAAGUCUUUUCACUAUUCCUA